AUGACCUCCACAAACAACCUCGCUUUCACCGCCCCCAUCAAUCCGGCAGGCGCAACCCCCCACCUAUCCCUAGAUCAAAUCUGGAGCGGCCUCCUCCUUAAGAUCCGGUCCGCAGAGACCUUCGUCCCGGCAGCGAUCCAAUCAACAAAGGUUGUCGAUGAAUACAUCGACCCAGCCACCGGCAACCCUGUCACCGUCCGCGAGGUCACCUUCCGCGAGACGCAAAAGAUAGUGAAGGAAACAGUCACAGCGUUUAAACCUUGCCGGGUUGAGUUUGCCCAGCCGGAUGGGAGCAGAGUUAGCAAUGUGAUUAGCCAGGGGGCUGAUGGGGAACUUUUCAUGACUUAUAUCUUUGAGUGGAGGCAUCCUGGUGCGUCGGAGAAGGAGUUGGCGGAGUUGCUGGGGAAGGAGAAGAAAAUGAGCCAAAUGGCUGUUGAGGGGACUAUCAAGCCUACACAUGGAUUCAAAGCUAUUGCGUACAUCGAGAUACUCCUGGAUCUCCGUGAUAGCUUCGAUCUCAUUGGAUCUACCAGAGACGGGAUGCCAAUGAAGGAGGCCUUAUCGCCUUACCGCCUGAGCUUCUUCACUCUGAUAAAAACAUACACACGCGCCUCCUCAUCCCUCACGACCCAGUUACAGACCUACACACAAACCCUCAUAAUGUUGGAAGCACGAUUGGAACAGGCCAGCCUUCUGAAGCGCGUCGUCGAUGCCAUCAAGGAUCUCGUCCAGGACUGCAACUUCGACUGCAAUGACUCCGGCAUCGCCCUUCAGGCCAUGGACAACUCGCACGUUGCCCUGGUCUCCAUGCUGCUCCGUGCUGAGGGUUUCUCCCCUUACCGCUGCGACCGCAACAUCGCCCUCGGCAUCAACCUGCUGUCCCUAACCAAGGUGCUCCGCGCCGCCCAGAACGAAGACAUCCUGACCCUCAAGGCCGAGGACUCGCCCGAUGCCGUCAACUUGAUGUUCGAGAGUGCCGAGACAGACAGACUUAGCGAGUAUGAUAUCAAGCUCAUGGAUAUUGACCAGGAGCACCUGGCCAUCCCGGAGACUGAAUACGCCGCUACCGUGAAGAUGCCUUCUGGCGAGUUCCAGCGUAUCUGCAGAGAUCUCAAUCAGCUGUCUGAGUCUGUUGUGAUCGAAGCCAGCAAGGAGGGUGUCAAGUUCUCCUGCCAGGGUGAUAUCGGUAACGGCUCCGUCACCAUCCGUCAACACACCAACGUCGAAAAUCCCGAGAAGAACGUCACCAUCGACCUCUCCGAACCCGUCGCCCUGACCUUCUCCCUCAAGUACCUUGUCAACUUCUGCAAGGCCUCCAACCUGUCCACUUUUGUUGAGCUGCACCUGUCCGCGGAAGUGCCGCUACUUGUCGAGUACGGUCUGGGAAGUGGCCACCUGCGGUUCUACCUGGCUCCUAAGAUCGGUGAUGAAGAGUAA